AUGACCUCUUCUGGCGGGCGCAAGAGGCAGAACGAUGCAUCGCAGGUUUCUAUCUGCCUCGCCAGCGCUGUGCUCCGCUGGGGAGACAUCCGCAGAUCGUGGAACCUCGGGCUCACGCGGGAUGCGCUGUGCGGCACGUCGUACCGCAUGAAGUGGAAAACAGCGCCGACCCCGUGGGCGGCGUUGCGGCACGACGCUUGCGGCCGCGACUGGGGCGGGGCUUGGCACGAGCUGACCAGAGCCCUGACUCCAGAAAGCGGCCCAGGGCAACGCGGCAUGGCUUUGGCCGGCGGAGUGCAAGACACACCGCGGGGGCGCGCCCGCCAGUCGCCGCGCUUCUACAUGCCGGCGGUGGUCCGGCAGUUUGGCGGCACAUGCAGGGGGCAGGUUGCAGCUGUCGGUCGCUGGGCGGACGGGAGCCAGGUCCCCUUGCAACGCGACCGGGCCAGGUGCUGCCCCGAACAGUUGGUGGAGGCACAGGUCUUGCAGGCGCUCCGGAACGACUUCUGGCCGGCCGGAAGCUUCGAAGUGCUUCAAUUCGGCGGGCCGCGCGACGUGCGCCCACCGCCCGGGCAGCUGACCGAGGGCGUCCACGGGGACCGCAAAGCGGCCCCUGGGCGAGACGCGGAGGCCGCCAAGGCAAGCGCCGGGCACCAGGGCGACGACCAGGACAGAGACCCAGAAUGGAUAUUGAGCGCGCGGUCGGCCAUGCUGCACAGGGAGCGCCCGUCUCUGACGAGCCGCAGCCCGUGCCCGUGCGCGCGCAGUUACGAAGGCCGCGAGCAUUGCCGGCCGGUGGCCUGCGGAAGCGAGUUGGACGCAGCAUUCUGCGCCAGUUGUUUUGGGACUGCGAAGGCCGUGGACAUGCGGAGCUCGCCAGAGAACUGCGGCAGAUCUGAGGGCGGGGCCGCGCCCUCUGACAACGAAACGACAGCAGUAGCUCUGCAGAGCCGCAGAGCAAAGAG